AUGGCUCAAUAUAUACACUCUAGGCCUCGCGAGGGUCAGGAUAACCCGAUGAUACGAGGAUUUAUUGAGGACGAGAACUUCACAGCCUCACAAAAAUCUGGUACGGAAAUCCUUGUGGACCUCAAGUGGCUGCUUCAGGAUGUUCAAAAAGACACCGGUAAUCCGUACACGAUCAGAGCAAUCAUCAAGCGCGUCAACCAGACUAUCAUCCAUGUCCCCAUGGAAAACGCCAGCCUUCGAAAUGCAGCCAUACCUACAUCUCAAAGCACCGGCUCCUCUACACCAGGUGUCAGCCAUACAGAACUAGGCAUGGACUGCGACAUCACUGUGAAAAUUCGUGACGAGGCCCUCCGUAAGGAGAUACGUAAAAUGCAACCUGCAGAUAUCGUGAAGCGUGCCGAACGAGCUAGGGCCCAAGCAGCGAAGGGCAUUCCAAGCCUAGCUCUAGCCGGUUAUGUCUUUAUUGCUGCGCGACAGCUUCCCUCUGGUGAUAUCAGUCUGCGAGCUUCGAAUGCUGCUGCAGCUGAAAAUCGGGUUCGCGUAUUCGGGGAAUCUGCGUACGUACGUAUGCCUACAUGGGGAAUCGUUAUCGAUGGGAUGCCUAUUCGGGAAGCGGAUUUGUCAAACGAUGAUUUCAAGCAACAACUAGCUGCCGAGAAUCAACACGCCUGGGGCCGGAAAGCCGAGAUCGAAAUCGCGCAUGUUGGCUGGCUCACCAAGCCUAGGAGUCAUGAAGGAUCUCUCGUGGUUGAGUUUACAAAUCCAAUUGUGGCCAAUGAUGCAAUUUCCAUGGGGACUAUAUGGCGGUCUCGGAGCCACACCAAUAGGCCCUAUUGUCGAGAGGGACGGUGCAAGAUGUGCAAAAAGUGUCAAAAAUAUGGACACGUCCACGCGCAGUGUCCAAAUCCAAAAUUUAUCUGUGGAUUCUGUGCCAAGGAGCAUCCGACCUGGGAAUGCCCUUCACAUCAGAAUAAGGAAAAAGAUUUUACGCCAAAAUGUGCCAACUGCAAGGGUCCACAUAAGACUGUAAGCACUAGUUGCGGCCUACGACGUGAGGCCCUAGAAAAGGCAAAAUACGCACUAAUCAACUGUGAACCAUUCCAUCGAGUACCUCAUUAUCUACAGCCAAAAUCGAUGCAACAGUACACUGCCACAAAUACGGAUCCUACACCUUAUGAAGCUGCGCAGAUUCAAGCAGUUACAAAGAAGCAUACCACCACCAAAUCAACAACUGCUAAAAGCACCUCUGGAGCCACAAUAGCUCCAAUAACAACACGUCUACAAACACCGGAGGCCCCUACGACCUCAAGAAUCAUGCCAACAGCUGAGAAAGUCAGGGCCAUCCCGUUUACAACCAUUGAGAAGCGGCCUGGCGGCAGGUCAUCCAAAUCCAAAUCGUCCAAAAACGAUGAUAGCGAGUUGGAGCCCACCGAACAGAUUCAAUCGGCCCUAAAUAUUACCCAAUCUAGACAAUAUGAUACUGUCAACGGCCCCAACGACAAGAUCCAAAACCCCGACCCACUAACAACCUACUCACUAGCGCUCAAGGGCAGCUUCCAUAUUCUACUACAGCCAACACCCCGAGAGGAAUACGAGAAACGCCCACGUGUCUGUUUCUCUGUCAACAGAGGGCUGGAUCCAGCCACAUGGGAGGUCCAAUAUCACAAUAGAGAACUGAGCACGUUGACACUUUAUACAGCCGCCCAUGGAACUAUCCACAUUCACAAUGUAUACAAUCCAGGAGUCAAUAGCAACGAGGAAUCUGUAAUUAGCGCCCUGCAAACUGCCAUGGCACCUAGGGCGCAGUAUAUCGUAUUGGGGGACUUCAACCGACAUCACCCGCUGUGGGCGGGCACGCGAUAUCAACACGUUGACGAGGAGGCCACCGAACUGAUUGACCUUAUGGAUGAGCAUAGGCUUGAGCAGCUCCUACCACCAGGCACGAUCACGUACGAGAGGGCAAACGCCAAAUCUACGAUUGAUCUAGUGUGGGCAUCGCACAAUCUAGCCAACCGGGUAGUGAACUGCGACACCAAGAGAGAGUGGUGGUAUGGUGCAGAUCACGUCCCAAUCCUUACUCAAUUUGACCUCACCGCUGUACGUGUUCCUCCAAUGGUCCGCAAGCAGUGGAAUGCAACAGAUUGGGACCUCUUCCUUAAACUGAUGGAUACGUACUACUGGCACCCAAGGGAGCUCAAUGACAAUGAGGCGAUCAAUGAGGCGAUCCGCUAUCUGGUCGAGGCAAUCAAUCAAACAGCUGAGCAGGCGACCCCUACAAAGCAGAUCACUACCUACUCACGCGCGGGCUACACCCCAGAGAUGGCGAAGCUCAAACACCAAGUGUCCAGGUGUCGACGACACGCACGUCGUAUAAACACAAAUCAGGCAUGGGAGGACUACGCAGAGGCUAGGAAAGAGAUGAAACGGCGCACUAACGAGCUCGCACGAGAUCUACACCGCCAACGAAUUGAGCAGGCAACAGAGUCAAUAGAUGGUUUCUGGAGGAUUGCCCGUUGGGUCCGCAACCGGGGCAAGCCACGUGCCACAUUUACUCCAACGCUACACUAUAAUAACACGAAUUACACAGCCCCAAAGGAGAAAGCAGCUCUAUUCCGAAAGGUCCUCCAUCCGGAGCCCCCAGAGGCAGAUUUGUCGGACAUUGGGCCACAAUUCAGAUAUCCCGAACCGUAUAUGAUACUACCAAUUACAUUAGACGAAGUCCGCACCGCAAUAAACAAUGUAAAGCUUGAUAAAGCACCAGGGCCAGAUGGGAUCCCUAAUCUGGUCCUUCAAAGGCUGCUUCCUACUAUUGAGGCCUAUCUCGUUAAUCUCUUUAAUGCGUGUCUACGUCAAUGA